UUUGCUUAUAACACCGAUAAGGGGUCAAUACCCGAUAGCCAAUCGUUUUUCGAGAUUGCUGAAUGACCUUGAACCGGCUAAUUGGCAAGAAAAUGGCUUUGCUUCGACUCUCUUCUCCGUUCAAACAGGUGACAAAUUAUGCACUCAGGCACUACUCUUCAAGUGCUCCUGCCACAACAAAACUGUUCAUUGAUGGAAAGUUUAUAGAGUCAAAGACAAACAAAUGGAUAGAUCUUCAUAACCCUGCAACCAAUGAAGUCAUUACCAGGGUACCAGAGGCCACUCAGGAGGAGAUGCAGAGCGCUGUUGAUUCCUGUAAGAGAGCCUUCAAAACCUGGCAAGAUUCCACUGUCCUCACACGCCAGCAGUGUAUGUUCAAGUUCCAGCAACUGAUCAAAGAUAAUCUGUCAGAGAUUGCCAAAUUGAUUACUCUGGAACAGGGAAAGACUCUUGUUGACGCAGAAGGAGAUGUUAUGAGAGGGUUGCAGGUGGUGGAGCAUUGUUGCAGUAUAACGUCACUACAGCUUGGGGAGACCAUGUCCGGUAUCGCCAAGGGUAUGGACACCUACACUAUCAGGCUACCAUUAGGGGUCACUGCUGGUAUAACUCCCUUCAACUUCCCCGCCAUGAUCCCCCUCUGGAUGUUUCCAACGGCACUUAUUACUGGGAAUACGAUGGUUGUGAAACCGUCCGAGCGUGACCCCGGAGCUGUCAUGUUUCUUAUGCAGUUAGCUCAGGACGCUGGCUUCCCUGAUGGAACUGUGAAUGUAGUUCAUGGAGCUAGAAAUGCCGUAAACUUCAUCUGUGAUAACCCUGAUAUAAAAGCUAUAUCUUUUGUGGGAUCUGACCAAGCUGGAAAGUACAUUUAUGAAAGAGGAUCAAAGAAUGGAAAGAGAGUGCAAUCAAAUAUGGGUGCUAAGAAUCAUGGUGUGAUAAUGCCAGAUGCCAAUAAAGAGAAUACACUUAAUCAGUUGGUAGGUGCAGCAUUUGGGGCAGCUGGACAGAGAUGUAUGGCGCUGUCGACAGCAGUGUUUGUUGGCGAGGCGAAGGAAUGGAUUCCCGAACUUGUCGAAAGAUCCAGGAAGCUGAAGGUCAAUGCAGGUCAUGAGCCUGAUGCAGAUUUAGGUCCCCUGAUUUCACCCGAGGCCAAGAAGCGUGUUUGUGACCUCAUACAGUCGGGUGUAGACCAGGGUGCGCAGUUACUUCUCGACGGCAGAAAUGUCAAAGUGCCUGGAUACGAAAAUGGAAACUUUGUCGGUCCAACCAUCUUACAUAAAGUUGAUCCGACCAUGAAAUGUUAUGAGGAGGAGAUAUUUGGUCCAGUACUGGUAAGUAUGGAGGUAGAAACAAUGGACGAAGCCAUUGAUAUUAUCAACAAAAAUAGAUAUGGAAAUGGAACGGCCAUUUUCACAACCAAUGGUGCAACAGCAAGAAAAUACACAAUGGACAUUGAUGUCGGACAGGUUGGUGUUAACGUGCCUAUCCCAGUACCUUUACCUAUGUUCUCAUUCACGGGUUCUCGAGGCUCUUUCAUGGGAGAUACCAACUUUUACGGUAAACAGGGAAUUAACUUCUACACUCAACUGAAGACAGUCACUCAGAUGUGGAGAGAUGAAGAUGCCACUGUUACCAAGCCUGCAGUUUCUAUGCCAGUUAUGAAAUAAUCUGAACAAAAUGUGAAAACAAAUGUGAAAAUAUUACAAAAAUGUGAAAACAUAACGAAAAUGUGAAAAUAUUACAAAAUGUGAAAAUGUAUCAAACUAGGAAAAUACAAGAAAAUAUGUAAAAAAGUACAACAUUUCAAAAUGGGAAAACUUUAAAAAUGUAAAAACGAUACCAUUUCGUUAUGUGAAAUGGUAAAAAAAAAUGGGAAUAGGAACAAAAAGU